UUGGUGGUUAGUCAAAGUCAAAAAUGUCAAAACAAAUUAAAGUCAACAAACUGACGUGUACUUUACCUGUAAUUUUAGAUACAAAUGAAAAUAUCUAAUUAGAUAAUUUUCUAAGCGUUCAUAAUGUCGGAGUCGGAGAGACUUGUGCAAAACGGAAUAGGCCCUGCUGUAGGUGCUGAACGCGGAGGAGAAGGCGAUGCGCCACCGGUUGUGUCUGAACGAGAAGCGUAUUUUCAAGCUCUUCGACUAUGGAUUCAGCAAGCUCAGAUGUAUCAGAAUCUAUCUACGUGUUUUCCUUACUAUAUGAUGACAUUCCAAGGGUUGCAGAACAAUGCUACAAAUGUUCCGCUAUUGAAUAACAACUAUCAGUUUCAAGUGCCUUUCCAGGUGCCCAACCCUCCUCGGAACGCUCCCGAAACUCAACCUCAGGUUGAAACUCUUACGCCCGCUGAAGUGAUAGCCCGUCACGGUGGCUACGAGUAUGUGAUCCCGCCGCUCCACAAGCGGCUUGUUGCCGAGUUCAUUGAUUUCAUGCUCCUGUUUAUUGUCAAACUCAUUGUGACAUUCAUGGCUGUGGAUAUGUUUGAAUUGAUUGAUCUGGAGAAGUUUGAUUUCUACAAGUUCAGUGAACAUUAUGAUGACUACAAGUACGCGAUGGAGCUGACAUCAGAGAUUCUGUUUCUUGAAGUUAUCUACAGAAUACUUGUAUGCAUUUUUGAGGCUUUCUGCUUAUCCAGCAGCGUCGGACGAACCGGAGGCGCUACGCCCGGCAAAGCAUUACUUGGCAUCCGCAUAGUAACAGCUUCAGCUGUCAUACCAGUCGAGGGCAGACCUCGGGAAACUGUCCUGCUAUACCCUGGCCGAACUCUCUCCUUCACUGUGGCUCUAGUAAGAUCUUUGAUGAAGAAUUUCCUCAUAUCUUUACUGUUCCCUCUAUGCGUUGUCCUCUUUGUCUUUCGUCAUAACCGCACGGGCUACGAUCUCCUUUGCGGAGUUAUUGUUGUAGAGGAAAACAUGUUUCCCCCGAGACGACACGCUCCUUGAGUCAUGUGUGCCACUUGUAUUCAGAAUGUAUGUGAUUAUUAUAACAACCGUGUAGUAGUAUUUACGCGGUGACUACGGCUGCUCCCUAAUUUGUUGGUGGGAUUUUUUUUUAAUUUGAAACAAGAACCUCUUGUGAAAACGCUAUACUUGUAUCCCACCAACUAACUAUGGAGCACCUCUAGCGUCUUGGAUAACACUUCAAAAUGUAUAACUCCUUGAUAAAUAAUUUGUCAAUGUAAUUUUAAAGCUUUGCCCUGGACAGUACCUGACGCAAAUACAUAUUUUCAUUUGUUAGCCUUAAAAGGUGGUACUGGUGAUUUGGCGCGUACAAACGGAGUAACGUAACAUGGGCAUACCUUUCAAUCAAGAAUAUCCCAAGUAUGAGGAUACUGUACUCGUCGAUGUAGUUUUUUAAAAGUUUAUCAAACGGUGCAGAAAGUAUUUUUCGUAUGUAGUCUUUCAUUAUAUGCUGAAUUAUAAGGUACUGUCCAGAGAUCUUGAAUAUUCUGCUUUGUGAUUGGAGUGUUAGUGGACCCUACUUUUUUCCGAAACGAAUUAAUUAUUGAUGUGUUUGGAAAUACAUACAUGUUUUCCACUGUCCCUCUAGAAUCUGAACCCCGCUAUUUUAAGUACAGAAGAAAUUUGUACUGGGUGUGUAAGAAAGAUAACAAAUACCAAUGUUAUAACUCUUCAAAUUCUUUGCAUACACCAUGCAUUCAGUUUUAAGACAAAACUAUAAUAGAAUGACUGCAUCAGGGUUAUGGGCAACGUAGAAAAAAACGUUUUUUUUGGUAGGUAUUUGGUUAACAAAGAUUUAUUUUAUUUACUUGUUUGGUUAUAAAAUUAUUCCUAUUACGUUAAGAGAUUUUGUGUGUAAGUUAUUCAUAUUAUUAGUUUAUCUGGGUGCAUUAUUUUUGUAUGAGAAAUUCCAGUAAGAAUAAUAAUUAGUGGGUGUACUUUCUUAAAAUAAAUAUGUACCUUGAUGUGUUAAACAGUUAUAGAAUAAUCAAAUGUAUUUUUGUGAUUUUUAAAUUAAAAUAAAGUGUUAUAUAGUUUUGCAUCUAGGAUUGUAGGCUUAAAUUCUGAUUACCCAUCACUGGUUAAUAUGGUACAGUAAAAUGUAUUAUUAGCUAUUAUAUCGCCAUUCGCCAAACUUUAUGGCGGCUCGGAACAUCGCGCUAGUCGCUGACAAGGACUAGCAUACUCGCCCAAAGUUUUUUUUUUCCCCUGUAAUAAUAAGUGUACAUUCGCACAUUGUACUGUACACAUUUAUUUAUUUUAUUAACUAUACUAUACUAGUAAUAAAUGUGUACACUGGAGUAAUAUGAAACAAGUCAGUUCUUUGCAAAUAAAUGGUUGUGUGAGAUCGUAUUUCAUAUACCUACCAAUUCGUGUAUUUUACACUAAAUAAGUACCAUAAACCAAUCAAAAAUCCUAAGUUACGAAAUUGUGAUAUUUAUUUUUGUGUAAUAAAUUGUAAAUAUUGAAAUAAAAUAUAAAAAUCA